CCCUCUGUGAUGCAUCGCUCGUUUAAAUAAAGCAGGCUAUCUAGUGAGGCAGCCUGAGUGGGCGGACAGGGCAGCCAUGGCUGUUGUUUUCACGACCAUAAGAGUUAUUUUGGGCUUUUUCUUUGCUUUCAGCGGAGUGCUUAAACUGACCGACCAGAUCUUAGCCGAGGUGUACCAGCAGAUGAAAUCACAGUUUGUCCAGUUUGCAGAUGUCUUCCCUCUGAAGGACUUUGGGUUCAAGCCAGAUCCAUAUCAGUACCUGCAGGCAGUAGGAUGGGUGGAGCUGGUAGCUGGGAUACUGCUGGCCUUCGGCCCACAGAUUCUGCAAGAGAUCAGCAACUUUGUGCUUUGCGUAAUCAUGAUUGGUGCAAUCUACACCCUUCUAGUACUUAAGGAACCAAUUGCCAUGUGUACUCCAGCUGCUGUCUGCCUGGGUCUUCUCUUGUUGCUGAGCAUUCGUGGGCAAGGCAAGAGAUCCAAGUCUAAAUCUGCAUAAAAAGACUUGGAAGUCAUGCUGUCCCCGAUGGGACCAAUAAUUGUUUUCCCUAUGAUCAUCGACAUAACACU